UGUCACCCUUCCAACAAUGAACGGCCCUCACUCACUCCAAAACAAAACAAAAACAAAAAUAUCCCGCCCUCCAUUAUUACCAUCUUAACCCCCGCAUUUCCCUCUCUUCACCACUCCCACUUCCAUCCGUAUAAAUAUCUACCCCUCUCUUUCAUCAUCAAAACCGCUCCAUCGACUUCUCAUUUUCAUUUUCAAUUACAUUUCCUCAAACCCUAAAUCUCAAUCUCUCAUUCUACAACCAUGAGAGAGAUCUUGCACGUUCAAGGAGGCCAAUGCGGUAACCAAAUCGGAUCCAAAUUCUGGGAGGUAAUCUGCGAUGAACACGGCAUUGAUCCUACCGGAAAGUACGUCAGCGAAGGUGGAAACGAUACUCAAUUGGAAAGGAUUAAUGUUUAUUACAAUGAAGCUUCUGGUGGAAGAUAUGUUCCUAGAGCAGUUCUUAUGGAUCUCGAGCCUGGUACCAUGGAAAGUAUCAGAUCUGGUCCGUUCGGGAAGAUCUUUCGUCCUGAUAAUUUCGUUUUUGGUCAAUCUGGUGCUGGGAAUAAUUGGGCGAAAGGUCAUUACACUGAAGGUGCUGAGUUGAUUGAUUCCGUUCUUGAUGUUGUUCGUAAAGAAGCCGAAAAUUGUGAUUGCUUGCAAGGUUUUCAAGUUUGCCACUCGCUUGGAGGCGGCACAGGUUCUGGCAUGGGAACACUAUUAAUAUCAAAGAUUAGGGAGGAAUACCCGGACAGAAUGAUGCUUACUUUCUCUGUUUUCCCAUCUCCAAAGGUGUCCGACACAGUUGUUGAGCCAUACAAUGCUACUUUAUCCGUACACCAACUGGUAGAAAAUGCAGAUGAAUGCAUGGUUCUUGACAAUGAAGCGCUUUAUGACAUUUGCUUCAGGACAUUAAAACUCAGCACCCCUAGCUUUGGGGAUCUGAAUCAUCUAAUUUCUGCAACCAUGAGCGGGGUUACAUGUUGUCUGAGGUUUCCUGGACAGCUGAACUCUGAUCUCAGGAAGCUGGCUGUCAAUCUGAUUCCAUUCCCACGUCUUCACUUCUUUAUGGUUGGCUUUGCACCUCUCACUUCUCGUGGGUCUCAACAAUAUGUAUCCCUUACCGUCCCUGAACUGACUCAGCAAAUGUGGGAUGCAAAAAAUAUGAUGUGUGCUGCUGAUCCCCGACAUGGCCGAUACUUGACUGCAUCUGCUAUGUUCAGAGGAAAGAUGAGCACCAAAGAGGUGGAUGAGCAAAUAAUCAACGUGCAGAACAAGAAUUCAUCGUACUUUGUUGAAUGGAUUCCCAACAAUGUGAAGUCUAGUGUGUGUGAUAUUCCCCCCAAGAAUUUGAAGAUGUCGUCCACUUUUAUUGGGAAUUCAACUUCAAUUCAGGAGAUGUUUAGGAGGGUGAGUGAACAAUUUACUGCUAUGUUCCGACGCAAAGCUUUUUUGCAUUGGUACACUGGAGAGGGAAUGGACGAGAUGGAGUUCACAGAGGCAGAGAGUAACAUGAAUGAUUUGGUAGCAGAGUACCAACAAUACCAGGAUGCCAUUGCCGAGGAGGAUGAUGAGUAUGAAGGAGAAGAAGAAGGUGAGGACCAGUAUGUGGAGCAUUAGCUGAAUGAAACUCUCGGGUAAUGCACUAAUGGUAAAAAUGUCCACUAUGCAACUUUGCUGUUAUUUGUGUAUCUACAGCCGUAUAUGCCCUUUUUUUAUUCUCAAUUUUACCCGUUUCUUUACAUUUUGCCAAUUUCAUCUUUUAAGUGUAUUAUUAUUAUUAUUAUCAUUUCUGAGUUGUUUGGAAAUUGGAUUGUGAAUUGUCAGACAGGGUUAUUCUAUACUUCUAUUCCUUUAAUCAUACGUAUGUAUUUAUGUA